AUGAAGUUCUUUGCACUUUUCCCAUUCGCUUUAUUAUCUCAAUAUGCUUUUGCAAAAGUCUUCGAAGUUACCCUCUAUGCAUCUUCUGAAGAUUCUAGUAUCAAUAACCAAGGUUUAGAAUUCAAUCAUGCCAGUCAAGGAAUCUUGUAUGUUUAUGGAGAGUCUCAGAAGUUCAUCUUCGAUGAUGAGAAGGGGCUUCUCUACUUUGAUUUUAUACCUGGAUUGACCUACUGGCUUACAGUUGACUACAAUAUUGUUAAAUUCAGUACUGAUAAGACCAAAGCCCUCAAUGUCGGUGUAGACGACGUCACCAACCAUCUUUUGUUGGGCUAUUACGAAAACUUCUGGGCCAAAAAGAAUAUCGAUAUAGAUCCAUAUGAAGUUUCCCAGACUUACCCAGCGGUGCUCCGUUACAAAUCGAAGCUGGAAGCUGACUACGGUUCUAUUCCAAUGAAGAUUGUCGUGGUCUAUGGUAAUGAAAUUACUCCAGAAGUACCUUCUUCUAGUGACUCCUCUUCGUCAUCUGAAUGGUCGUCGUCUUCUGAAUGGUCUUCUACAACUGAAUCAUGGUCUGAAUCCUGGUCUUCUUCUACUGAAUCCCUUCCUUCGUCUACUGAAUCGUGGUCUUCUACUGAAUCCCUUUCUUCGUCUACUGAAUCCCUUUCUUCGUCUACUGAAUCGUGGUCUUCAAGUGAGUCUUCUUCCUCCUCUUGGUCUUAUUGGUUCGAAAAUACUACCACUACUACCACUACUACAUACACUGAGUGGGUCAUCACCUGUACGGAACCAACCACUAUCACAGUCACCACUUGUACAAAACACAUUUGUCAUCCAGCAACUUAUACCUACACUACUCCUACAACUGUGACAUUCACCGGUCCAAAACCUACACCUGCUACAUACACUGAAUAUGUCACCUAUUGCCCAACACCCACCACCAUCACGCUCACUACUUGCUAUAGGGACACAUGCCAUCCAGCUACCUACACAGUUACUGCACCUACCUAUAUCAGCUACACCGCUUCUGUAAAGCCAAACCAUCAAAUUACGAUCACAGAGCCAAAUACACCUCCUCCAGCCCGGACUUCUCCUGUUACUAGAACAACUGUGGCACCAAUUUCAACAUUCAAGCCCACUACCCCUGCAUCUGUAGUUUUACUCGGAGAAGCUUCCAGCAGGGGCUACGGCUCGUUUAUAGCAGUUGCAGUGGCUUUCGUAUUGGCAUUGUUUUAG